AUGAUAUCAAGAAAUAUUCCAAAAGCUACUAACUCUAUACUUAAAACUCAAUCCUUGAGGUUGUUAGCCACAGAUGCUACACCUUCCAUCACAACCACCACAACCACAACCACCACCACUACGAUUGCACCCAACAAAGUCUCCACGACAAAGACAACCACUGUCAAAAAACCAAGAAGGAAGGGCACGUUUUUCACCGAUAAACUAAACACGGGCCCUUCGUUUGAUGAUUUUGUAAGUGGUAAAGCUAAAGAUAUGCUUGAAGAUCCAUUAGAAGUGGCUAGGAAAGACCCCAAUGCGAAACUUCCAAGCUGGUUAAAAGUACCCAUCCCUAAGGGUAAGUCUUUCCACAAUGUUAAAAAGGAUGUUCGUGAAUUGAAGUUAUCAACUGUUUGCGAGGAGGCCAAAUGCCCCAAUAUUGGUGAAUGCUGGGGUGGUAAGAAAUCAGAAGCUACAGCAACAAUUAUGUUAUUGGGGGAUACAUGUACAAGAGGAUGUAGAUUUUGUUCUGUAAAGACUAGUCGAGCACCGGGAAAACCCGACCCAAUGGAACCCGAAAAUACCGCUGAAGCCAUAAGUCGAUGGGGAUUGGGCUAUGUUGUGUUGACCACGGUAGACAGAGAUGAUUUGGUUGACGGUGGUGCUCAUCAUUUGAGAGAGACUGUUGAAAAGAUAAAAUUGAAAGCACCACAGAUCUUGGUUGAAGUUUUGGGAGGUGACUUUAGAGGUGAUUUGGAGAUGGUUAAAGUCUUGGCAGGUUCCGGGUUAGAUGUGUAUGCUCACAAUAUGGAGACAGUAGAAGCGUUAACACCACAUAUCAGAGAUAGAAGAGCUACGUACCAACAAUCAUUAGCCGUGUUGAGGACGGCAAAGGAAGCCAAACCUUCAUUAAUCACCAAGACAUCGUUAAUGUUGGGCUUUGGAGAAACUGAAGAACAAAUCAUAUCAACUUUGAAAGAUUUGCGUGGUGUUGGCUGCGAUGUGGUUACAUUUGGUCAAUAUAUGAGACCAACUAAGAGGCACAUGAAGGUAGUUGAAUACGUGACACCAGAGAAAUUCGACUAUUGGAGAGAUGUAGCAUUGGAUAUGGGAUUCCUUUAUGUUGCUAGUGGACCAUUGGUUAGAUCUUCGUACAAAGCUGGUGAAGCAUUUAUUGAAAAUGUGUUGAAAAAGAGGAGACACAAUGUCGGUGAAGCGCCAAGGAUGUUGCAAGAAGUUAAACCAAGUAUCUUUCGUAGAUCAUGA